GCUUACUGUACUUUGGCGGAGUUUAUAUUAGCUACUGUUGCCAUCUGGCUAAUGGAGACAGAUUGUCGGAAAAAACGCGAGUGUCCCUGAAAACAAAUUAAUGUCAGACUACACAGAAUAAGCUCAAUGGAUGACAUCAACCUACACUACAGGUUUCUGAACUGGCGGAGGAGGAUUCGGGAGUUCAGGGAGGUGCGGGCAGUGCGCGUCCAGGAGCGCUACAAGAGAAUGCUGAAGGAGGGAGACACUCUUAGUUACCAAGGGAACUCGGAUGAAGUGGGCUGCUAUGUGGCACCCAGGCCUUUAUCAAAGGGAAAUUGCUACUUUGAGGUGACCAUCAUGGACACAGGAGUGAGGGGGACGAUUGCUGUGGGCCUGGUGCCCCAGACCUACAAAUUGGACCACCAACCUGGCUGGCUCCCGCACUCUGUCGCCUACCACGCUGACGAUGGCAAGCUGUACAACGGGAACACUGUGGGCCAGCAGUUCGGGCCGAAAUGUAACAGAGGCGACCGUAUCGGCUGUGGUAUUCUCCUGGAGAAAUUUGAGGAUGGCUUGACGACCGUCUUCUUCACCAAGAACGGCAAAGAGGUGGGCUCCGUAGUGAUCCCAGAGUCGCCGGAUGGGCUCUACCCCGCCAUCGGGAUGCACUCAUUGGGGGAGGAGGUGCGGCUGGACCUGCAGGCGGAGUGGGGGAUGGACGAGGACGACAGUGUGAUGAUGGUGGACAGCGUGGAGGACGAGUGGGGACGGCUGCAUGAUGUUCGGGUCAGCGGCACGCUGCUGGAGUACACGGGUAAGGGGCGGAGCAUCAUGGACGUGGGCCUGGCGCAGGCGCGGCACCCCCUCAGCACGCGCUGCCACUACUUCGAGGUGGAGAUCGUGGACGCCGGUGAGAAGUGCUACAUCGCCCUGGGCCUGGCGCGGAAGGAUUAUCCAAAAAAUAGACACCCAGGAUGGAGUCGAGGAUCUGUGGCCUACCAUGCAGAUGACGGGAAGGUGUUCCACGGCAGCGGGGUCGGGGACCCCUUCGGCCCGCGCUGUUUUGAGGGGGACAUCAUGGGCUGUGGGAUCAUGUUCCCCCGGGACUACAUUCUGGACAGUGACGAUGAGAGUGACAGUGGGGACUUGCUGGAGGUGCAGCCCAAACAGAGGAGGGUGCAGAAUGUUCUCUACAUGAAUGAUGACAAUGAGGAAGAGGAUGGAGAGGAGAUGGAGCAGGAGCAUGAAGGCAGGAAGGUCACGGUGUUCUUCACCCGCAAUGGAAAGAUCAUUGGCAAGCGGGAGGUGAUGGUGCCUGCAGGAGGCUUUUACCCCACAAUUGGGAUGCUGAGCAGUGGGGAGAGGGUCAAAGUGGACCUGCACCCCCUCAGUGGUUGA